AUGCAUUGGCUCACCACAUUCGUCCCGGCCGUCACCGCCCUCCUCUGGGAGCCGGUCCUCGGCGACCCGACGCCAAAAUACAACCCUCUCCCGCCCCCCCGCGAGCAAGCCCGCAUCCAAAAUGCGUGGACCGAGGAGCGUAAGGCGGGCAUCCCUGCCCUUCUCAAGAAGCACGGCGUCGAAGCCUGGGUGAUAAGCCAGCGCGAAUACGCCGAAGAGACCGUCUUCUGGUCCCUGAAGCCGGCAUCCACCUUCUCCGCCCGUCGCCGCACGACGUGCCUCUUCCUCGCCGAGCCCCUCGCCGCCCUCUCGUCUUCCACCAGUUCCCCUCCCGAGGGUUCCUUCGCAUCCACGCAGCAGCCGGGCUGCGUCGUGGGCUGGACCAGCGACGUCUGGGCCACCCUCAAGUCGCAGCUCGAGGCAGCGAACCCCGCCACCGUCGCCGUCGACGCGCACCCGGAGAUCGCCUUCGCCAGCGGCCUGCACGCGGGCGAGUACCGCGCCAUGGCGGCCGGCCUGGGCGGCGAGUGGACGUCGCGCAUGGUCGUCAAGCCCGAGAUCGCCGUCGAGUUCAUCGCGACCCAGCCGCGGUCGAGGCUGCCGCGGUACCGCAAGAUCAUGGAGACGGCGUGGGCCAUGAUCGCGCGCGGCUUCAGCGCGCGCGCCGUCGUCCCCGGCCGGACGACGACGGCGGACCUGGAGUGGUGGUUUCGGGAGGAGAUGCUGGCGCACAACUUCUCGACCUGGUUCCACCCGAGCGUAAGCGUCGUCGACGAGGCGCUGCCGUGGGCUGCGGAGAUGGGGACGGAGGUGGAGGCGGGCGCGCACGAGGGCGCCGGGGGCAGGGUCAUUCAGUACGGCGACAUGCUGCAUGUCGACUUUGGGCUGACUGCGAUGGGAUUGAACACUGACACCCAGCACCUGGGCUAUGUCCUGCGUCCAGGCGAAAAGGACGUCCCCCAGGGCCUGAAAGAUGGCUUGAAGAAGGGAAACAGGCUGCAGGAUAUUGUAAGGCGCAACAUCGCCGUGGGCAGGACCGGAAACGAGAUGCUCAAGGCCUCGCUGGGGGAAAUGCAUGCCGAGGGUAUCCAGGGGCGCGUCUACACGCAUCCGAUUGGGGACUGGGGGCACUCCGCCGGACCUUUGAUCGGAAUGACAAACAUGCAAGACUACGUCUCGGCCUCUGGCGAGCUCGCCGCUGUCCGCAACAUGUGGUUCAGCGUUGAGCUGCUCGUGGAGCACUACGUCCCUGAGAGAAACCAGACAUUGUGGUUCGCCUUGGAGGAGGACGUGUACUGGGCCGGCGAGGAGAAGGGAUGGCAGUGGGUGUACGGGCGACAGGAGGAGUUCCGACUGAUCAAGACGGCAGAGACGCAAGGGACCAUGGAAGAAUUGUAG